CCUAUUUCUGCCAAAAGUGGUCAUGAGGUUAUUUUUAAACACCGGGAGGAGGUAUUUAUUGUUCCAGGCGGAGGAGCGAGGGCAGCCUGAGGGAUUCGUCCAGGCCAGCAGGUCCGUCCUUUCCACCAUGGCACCUAAGAAAGCCAAGAAGAGAGUGGAGGGGGCCAACUCCAACGUGUUCUCCAUGUUUGAACAGACCCAGAUCCAGGAAUUCAAAGAGGCCUUCACCAUCAUGGACCAGAACAGGGACGGCUUCAUCGACAAGAACGACCUGAGAGACACCUUUGCUGCUCUUGGGCGCAUGAAUGUGAAAAACGAGGAAAUUGAUGAGAUGAUCAAGGAGGCCCCGGGUCCCAUUAACUUCACUGUGUUCCUGACGAUGUUUGGGGAGAAACUUAAGGGGGCAGACCCUGAAGAGACCAUUCUCAACGCCUUCAAAGUGUUUGACCCCGAAGGCAAGGGGGUGCUGAAGGCUGACUACAUUCAGGAGAUGCUGACCACGCAGGCAGAGAGAUUUUCCAAGGAUGAGGUUGACCAGAUGUUCGCUGCCUUCCCACCUGAUGUAACCGGCAACCUGGACUAUAAGAACCUGGUGCACAUCAUCACCCACGGGGAAGAGAAGGACUGAGGGAAGAGCCCUAAGGCCCCGGUCUUGUCUCUGGGGAGAGAGGGGCCCCUGCCCUCCCUUCUUCUGGCCUGUUAGCUGUGUGGCUGCCUCGGUGUGUCCACCACCAACUUUGGAGCCGGUGUGGCUUAUAGGUAUGUGACCAUGUGGCCUGGACAUCCAUCAGAGGCCGUGCUCAAAUAAACAGGAGCUGUG